AUGCUGUCGCGCAAUAUGAGAAAGACCUCAACCUCAACCAGUAGAAGACCUUGCUUGCCUACAGGCUUCAAGCACACAAAUCCCCCCCAGAUGUUAGCGACGUCAUGCGAAUUACGGCGGAGAUUGACCGCGAGGUGUCCAAAACCAAAGUGUUUCGUGGCCGUUGUUUCGGCCCCCGGUUCACCAACAUUUUACAAGCCGUUCAACAAUCUGCAGCACUCGGAGAUGUUGUUGUUGGAGGCUCUCAGAAUCUUAUUGCUUGUGGAGUAUGCUGUGACGGCGAAUUUCUCUGCGUGUGUCGAGAGGCUCUCCAAGUUAUUGAUCGAUUCUGGCCGUGCUGCGCCACGUUAUCAAGAGAUGGCUUUGCUCUACCCGCAAUCCCGGUCGCUCCGGUCAAACAUGUGCAAAUACUUUACCGUUGUCGUCCGUCUGUGUCACCAACUCGUGAUGUUCACGAAACAAUCUAUCUUUCAACAGUUGAAAGCCUUCUUGAGUGACCAAAAGAUGACUUCGUUUCGAGACCAGCUUGACCACUGGGCUGUCUCAAUUAAAGCGGAAGUCUGGCUCCUCACGAAUAAAAGCGUCGAAGAGCAAGGAUUGAGUUUGAAGGCCAUCAUGAGGUCAGGAAAGACUCGUCGAGCAGAGAAAGCAAAGUUCAAAGUCCUCAACUAUUGUUCGACUUACGAUUAUCAGUCCACUUGGAAAGAGCUACGAAAAGCGGGCAACACAAGUCUUCUUCAGGGCAGCGCGGAGUAUCACAGCUGAAAAACCGCACGACAGUCUGCAACCCUAAUAUUCCAGGGAAAACUAGGAUCUGGAAAGUCAGUUCUGCUGGCCAAUAUGGUUGCAGAUCUAGGCCUACACGUGGGCAGUGCGAAGUGUUCUAUCGUCUAUUUCUUCUGUCGACACAAUAUAGACGAAAGCUUGAAAGUUCAAACGAUUAUCGGAUCGAUUUUUCGACAGCUUCUCACCCGUGUCGCCGACUUUACCGAGAUUGAGCGCCAGCUAGUUGAAAAUUGCUCGCCAAAAUCGAGUUUAGCCGUUGACGAGGGAUAUCGAAUGCUUCAGGACUGUUUCCCGGCAGGCUUGGAAGCCUUUAUAAUCCUUGAUGGUUUGGACGAAUGCACCGAGAAAGAGAAGGCCACUGUCCACGACCAACUAAAGACACUUCAGAAGAGAUUUACUUUGCGUAUAUGCCUUUCAGAUAGGCUGGAGCUGGACACUUUCUUUCCAGCACGCGCAGCCCAGCUUUUGAAUCUGCACCGACUCUCCGUUCACAAGAAUGCUGCUGAUAUCGCCAACUUAAUAGAUGACGAGUUGGAAAGGCUCAUCAAGUCGAGCAGGCUGAGGUUAACAGAUCCCACCCUAGUACUAGAGAUUGCCGAUGCUCUCUUGGAAGGCGCACAGGGGAUAUUUCUUUGGGUGGCACUCCAGAUCUCAGAUUUAUGCCAACAAGAGAAUCAGGCAGAUGCCGACAUCCGUCGCGCCUUGAAAAAUCUACCCAAGGACCUCAACGGGACAUUCUCGCGAAUCCUUAGAAACGCAACGGAAAACAGCAAGGGUUAUCAAAACCAGGUGCUCAUAGUUUUAACAACGGUAUACCGACCUUUGACGGCAGAGGAGCUUCGAGAGGCUCUAAGUAUUGUACCUGGAAACCGCGUUUGGAAUUCGGAAGAGCUCAUCAGCGAUAUCUAUACCGUACUAGCAAGUUGUGGGAGUCUCGUUAUGGUCGAUGAAGAAUCGCUAACGAUACGUACUGUCCACCAAAGCGUCGUUCAGGUUUUGUUUGGCGAAUAUAAAGGUGCAGCACGACCAAUCAUUACACGAGAAGGGGCGGAAAAAGCAGUGGGCGAGAUUGUUAUAACAUAUCUUUCUUAUGAUGUGUUCGAUAGUUCCACCUCGGUCAGGGUUGCACCCCAGAUACCAGCCGCACUAGCAAAUAUCAUCCGGACAAUGGACAUUCCACUCAGCGUCCGUGAUGCUGCAGUAAAAUUGCUGCAGCUACGAAAACAGC